UAUUGAUUGAUGUUUCGGCUGUCUGUCUCUGCUGUCUAUCAGGUGUUACAAUGUAAACACUGUUUUAUUAUGUCAAUUUUUAUUUUGACUUUUCAUAAAUAGUGAGAAUUAUUUAUUCUUUUAAAAAAGUGUGUUAAAUCAAGUAACUUUAUCGUAUUCAGAAAAAGUGACUGUUAGGUAUUCUAGGCUAUGCCAUGUUUUGUGGUUAAUUACUGUCUCUCGUGCAUGAAAAAACCAAUCAAAUUAUUAUAUUCAAAUUUUGGGCGUGACUUCUUAUUACAAUCGUCAUAUUUUAAGAAGUAAGUACAAAACUUAUAGAGACAAAGUUGUACACAGGCUGAGGUCUUAAUUUAUUAUCUGUUACUAAUUAGUGAACUGGGAAUAACGUUCAACUCUUCUAUUAUUGUGAAAAUGAUUUAAUCACCAUUUAAAAUGUUUGAUUCUAUCAGAUAAAAGCUAUAUAUUUUAUGCAAGAAUUAAAUCCUUAAAUUUAUAGUUUUUGUAAAGAACAUUAAAAAAAAAUGAAAGACUUAGGAAGCUGGUAGAUACAUAUUUUUGGUUUGUACAGUUAUUAAUAAAUCUAUAAACGCUGGAGAGAUCAGAAAGUGCACAAACAACUGGCAAGACAAAAACUACAUCUACAUGCAAGAAAAAAGAAACUUGAGAUUUCAUUCUAAGAGUACCUACUUCAAUGCGAUAUAAAUACUAUACAGAUGGCUUCUGGAGAUUGUGAGGAAAUAUUGUCUGACCCAAAUGUAAAACUAACAGCAGUUGAAGAACAUAAUGAUUUGAAAAUAGGUUCUUUAAAUAGAGAUGAAGAUGUUAAUGCAAAGAACACUGAAGAGAGAACAAGAGGUAUUAUGGUUGAUGAAAGUGGAAGUUCGGCAGGUGUCAUUACCAGGCAAAGAUCGGAAAGAGAAAAGAAACUUGGACAUAGGAGGGUUGAUACAAGUGGAGGCGUCACCUAUAAAAAAAUUCAGUCGUCACAAAUCAUGGGUUCAAUUCAGCUUGGAAUUGAACAUGCAGUUGGUGGCUUAGCAUCCAAGCCAGAGAGAGAUCUAUUGAUGCAAGACUUCAUGACCGUAGAAACAACAACGUUUGCUGCAAGUGGGUCAAGCCACACUCCUGCCCAUCAUUAUUCUCAGUUUGUGUUCAAAACUUAUGCUCCCAUAGCAUUUAGGUACUUCAGAGACUUGUUUGGUAUACAACCUGAUGAUUUUUUAGUUUCAUUUUGCAGUGCUCCACUUACAGAACUUACUAAUCCUGGUGCUAGUGGUUCAAUUUUUUAUUUAACACAAGAUGAUGAAUUCAUUAUAAAGACUGUUCAGCAUAAAGAAGGUGAAUUCUUACAGAAACUUCUGCCGGGAUACUAUAUGAAUUUAAAUCAAAACCCUAGAACUUUAUUGCCAAAGUUUUUUGGCCUCUAUUGUUAUCAGUAUAAUGCCAAGAAUAUCAGAAUGGUUGCAAUGAACAAUUUACUACCCUCUUCAAUAGCAAUUCAUCAGAAGUAUGACUUGAAGGGAUCAACUUAUAAAAGAAAAGCAUCAAAGUCAGAACGCCAGAAAGUUUCUCCUACAUAUAAAGAUCUUGAUUUUAUAGAACACCAUCAAGAAGGAAUUUUCCUGGAGUCUGAUACAUAUACAGCUCUCAUAAAAACUAUACAGAGAGAUUGCCGUGUUCUUGAAAGUUUUAAAAUUAUGGACUACAGUUUAUUGGUUGGUAUUCAUAAUCUUGAUCAAGCUUUACAAGAGAAAAAAGAAGUAGAAAAAACAGUUCCAAAAACAGAAGGCAAAUCAGGUGUUUCUAGUCAAACAUUCCUGAACCACCCUCACAACACAAACCAGCCACAGAUACCAUUCACAGGUGCCCAUUCUAGUGCUAUGGAGCGCACACAAAGUAAAGAUGACUCUGUUAGAGAGUAUAGUCUGACCAAUGGAAUACCUGCAAGGAAUUCUAAAGGUGACAGACUUCUCUUAUUCGUAGGUAUUAUUGAUAUUCUUCAAAGCUAUAGAUUGAAAAAGAAAUUAGAACACACCUGGAAAUCACUUCUGCAUGAUGGUGACACAGUUUCAGUUCACCGACCAGGUUUUUAUGCUGAAAGAUUUCAAAAUUUUAUGGCUAAAACUGUCUUCAAGAAAAUUCCUCUACCCUUGAAACAUCCACCUUCAAGAAGAAAAAUAAUAUCUAGAAUAAGAAGAGCAGACAAUGUUGAAGGGAUAAGCAAACUGGUUCCCUCAUUUCCUAUGCCUUGCUCAACUCCCCCUCCUCCUUUUGAUGAAGCCAUGCAAGGAGACUCCAUAGAUACGGGCCAUACUAGUUUUGGAAUAUCAACAUUACAAUACAAAUUGAGCUCUUCAUUUUUUCAAGUCAAACACUUGGGAUAUGAGACUUGUAGAUUCAGUGGGCCUAAUAUGGAAGAAGAUUCAGAAAGUAUAACUGAUAUUAGAUUAGAGACAAUGUCCAAAAAUAGAUCCGUCAGUGUGGAAUCUUCAACAUCUGGAAUCGGCUCAUUGACCACGGGUCUUAAUCGGCACUUGAUGUGGACUCCUUCCACAUCAGCAGGAGGUUCCACACCCACUUGGACGGAAGGCACACUAUCCCUCACUGCUUCCUCAUCUUCUUCCAGUGAAAACAUCUGUCCUCUAACUCCUAAGCAGGGUCAACUUCAACGCGUAGGUAUUGAAUUGUUGAAGAUUAAUGACAUUCCAGCGAAUUUGACUGAAGUACAUUGAUUUAAAGCCAUUACAGGUACAGAAUGAAGCACAACUUAUUUUCAUCUUAUGAGGUUGUGAAAUUUUUAUCGUUGUCUUUUUUCAUUAAUGUAAUGUUUGAGACUGAUUAUUAUAAUUAUUUAAGGAUAACACGACUAUCAUUUGCAAAAAUACUGUGAUGCAAAACUGUGGGAAAAAUUGUCAAAUAAAAAUAAUUGUAGGUCUUUAAAAAUAAAUUUCUCAAGUUGCAACAUUGAGAAUACUUAUGUAAAAAAUUUAACUAUUGUAAUUUUCAAAUGAGCUAACCUCAGAAAUGACACAUUUAUACUAUGGAAUUAAAUUUAAGGAAAAAAGAAAUUUUAAUGCAAUUAUUUUAGCUUUACCAUUUGUUAUAUUGUAUAAAAUUAGUCUAUUUAAUUGCACAAAACAUGCCUUUGAUACUAGGAGAAACCACAAAAUUGAAUAUUUCAUUAAAGACAGUAUAACAUUAAAUUUGAUUGGGAUAAGGCUCUGAACUAGAAGGUCAAGAUAAAUUUUAGGGAACAAGUUCUGAACAACAAAUUACUUGUGCUCACUUAACCGACUGAUGGGUGUGCGAAAGAAUAACUGGAAACAAAUAUGCAUGAUAUUCGCUAUUUGGUCCAGUGACAGAGCACGGAAAUUGCCAUUGGUGAGUACUAAUGUUUUUACUGACCAAUGGCAGAAGUUUUUAUUGUAGCAGAAGUUUUUGGAACUCAAUUCAAUUAUUCCGAUAGCCACUAUACAAAUACUAGUUCUGUAUGGUGUUGGUAUAUGCUGGCAAUAUGUAGAUAUAUUUUAUAAUAAUUUGAUGCAUUACAGUUAUUGUUACAGGUCAAAUGUGCUUUCAGGAGUAGCCGUCAAAAUGCAUUUACUAUAUACACUUGUAAAAGUUUUAAUAGAGCACUAGUAAAGUCGCUUAUAUUAAUGUCACAAUAUAAGCAUUGUUAUUUUGCAAUUAUUUUUUUAUUACUUAUUCUCGAGAUGAGGAGAGAAGAAGUCACAAUUUUGGGAAAGAGCUACAUGGGUAACACUGCACAAGUUAUUCUGUGUUGAAAUUAUUUUCUUCACUCAACUGCUCCAAAGCUCCUUGAAAAAGUAACGGUCAAAUAUCUCUUUUUAUUAUAAUUUAUCUCUGUGAGAGAGGUGUUUUAAAAUAGUUGUUAUUCAAUUUGAUACCUUCCAUGGUUAAAAUAUCAAUCCAAACAUAUUUUUUAUUGAUUUAUUUUACCUUUCAGAAUUAUAAACUUGUGUAAAGAAGCUAUAUAGCACAUAAACAGCUACACAAUAAUGUAGUGUUUCUUGUGUAAGGAAUCUGUCCACAAGAUGUGUAGCUUAGUCCAGAUAUUGCAUUUGACUAAGCUUUAUUUGACGCUUUAACCUAAAUAUAAAAGUGUGUGUACAAUAAUAUCUUAAUUGUAAAACCCACAGAUAAGUUACUAUAAUAUUGUUAGUAAAAAGUACAGUCACUUAUAUGAACACUGAAGAACAUACACAACAAGAAAAUUUUAGAUCAAAUAUCUUUGAAACUUUUAUAUAAUUGUUAUUGUUAUACUUGUGCCAAACUUGAAUUGAGUUUUUAAUACACAUAUUUGUGUAGACUUAGUGCUCUUAGUUAGGGUGCUACUUCUGUUUAAGAAUAAACGUUUGAGUCAAGAUUUGAGAUAAUGUGGAUUCCAUUUGAUAGUGGAAUUUUUUUACAGUAUUUUCUAUCUUGUACUUUACUAAAUUUUUUUAUUCUAUUUUAAAUAUCUUCAAAGAGGCCCAUGGGAAUGUACAGCCCAAGACAGACUAAAAUCAAUGUUCUUAAAAAAAAAACAAAAAAUGACAAGUUUAAAUGGAAAUGGCAUACAUUUAGAAACAUUGUAGAAUACUUCAUAAGUUAUUUUAUCAAAAUUAGCAGACAAUAUAUUUUGGUAAAUUAUAUUUUCUUUUGACACAAUAUUAAUUGUGGUUCACUCCCUGAGAUGUUGCCAACAACGUAUAUUUUCAAAAUAUUCAGUCUUUAUCAAUAAACUUUAAGAUUAUUUUUUUAUGUUUAAAUUCAACCAGUGGAUUAAUUUAACAUGUUCAUUGUAUUUUUGGAAUUUCAUAAACAUUACUUGGGUGUGUAACGAGUAAACAUUACUCAUGUAGAAACGUUAUAUGAGUGUGAUACAAGUAAUCUAAACUGUCUGCACAUCAUAUAUCAGCAGCUGAGUCAUGUAGCACUUUAGGUUAGUAUCUGGGGAUCUUUUUCAUCCUGUUACAUAACUGGUUACUUAUUCCACACAAAAUUAAAGUUUGGUUGGAUUCAUUUUGAGCACGAGAUUAUUUUGUAAAUGGCGAAAUGUUCUUAAAUGGGUGACGUGAAAUGUAGAAAUUUUUCUAAAAGUAGUGUAAUAUAGACUGUGUGUAAACCACCUGGGUUCUGGAACAUAGGUAUCCAGCGAUCUGGUUGUUGUCGAACUGAAUGAGUAACCGGUUAAUUGUUGUACCCAAAUAGUUACUUAAACCACAGUGCAGCGAGAGUAAACUGUUGCUCAUGAUAAGACACGUGUUUUAUAAAAAUUAAUUUUCUGGAAAUAAAAUUGUUAUUUCAAUCAAAUAAUAAAUUUAAAAAAUAUGCAAAACACACAAGAGUAAGGAUGUCGGAUUUUUACUUCGCAUAUCAAUUAAAUGUGAUAUGAGUAACCAAUUGCUUGUGACAAACUGAAGUUGUUAAAUGUAGACAAUGAAGUAUAGUUUCAACGAAAUUUCCUUUUAACAUGUUGACAGUGCCAGACACUGUGUUUGCUGUAAGUCAAUUCUACUUAAGAUCACUCAGUCACAAACCACAGACAGAAAUAGAUUGAACUAUCAAUUGGCUAAUUGGCUAGUGAACCAGGUCAGAACCUCACCAUUGAGUGGAGAGGAAAAGCUUGAGUCAUUCAAUGCUGAGUGUUGUCUCACUAUUUCAAGUCUGUAAAUUAUUUACAUAUACUAAUAUUAUGUACAGUUCAAAAAUGAAAGUCAGUUUGCAUAAUAACUAUAACAAACUUGCUGUAUUUUGAAUAUUUCAUGUAAAGAACAGCUAACAGUGUGUUAAUUUUUUUGUGUAGUUUGUGGUAUAUUUGAUUUAUUCUGUAUUUCAUCAAAAAUUCUAAAAUAUAUACAAUUCUUUCUUUGUAUUGCAUUACCCAUACACAUUAUAAAGAGAGAAAUAAAUUA